UUUGCCUGCUCUUUUUUCCCUGUGUCCCUUUAAUUUACUGGGCAGAACCUUCAUUUUUAUAUCUAUCUAAUAACAAAAUAAUUUCAGAAAAAAUGGCGAGACCUAAUCAGGAAGCAAUUGAGAUGUUUAUGAGCAUCACCGGUGUUUACGAAUCCAUUGCAAUUCAAAGGCUUGAGGAGCAUGGGGGAGACCUUAAUCAAGCUGUCAAUGCACAUUUUGCUGAAGGGGAUAGGAACAUAACACAUGAAACUCCUGUUGCUGCAAUGGAGGACGAUGUCAUGGACAUUGACGAUGCAGCCCAAGUUGAACCCCAAAGACCUCCUUUCUCUCUGUUAUCUUCCAACAGAAACUUGAAUCCUUUCUCUCUUCUUGAUCCUAACUUUAGGAGAAGUAUACUGGAUAGUGGUACUGAUUUUACAAACCGAGAUCCUUUUGUUUCCCAUCCAAGAGAAGUGAGGGAGGUUCCAAUAGAGGUUAAGGAUGGGAAUGGACAGUCUGGUCGUUCAGAUAGUGCUCCAAUUAUAGAGGAUGUUACUGAAACUGCACAAGCUCAUGGCCCUGAAAUUCGUGGCAAUGUUAUCCUUGAUGAGGAUGAUGACAAAAAUGUACCAACUGGUCCAGUUGAGAGAGCAACUGGGCAUAAUGUGGGAAGUGAUAAUACAUUUGGUGGCUUCUCCCAUGCUCCUGGUUCUAGGCCCACUGCUCCUGGCAUUGAUGACAUGCCUGAUUACAGCAAUGAUAUAGAGGAAGAAAUGAUUAGAGCUGCCAUUGAGGCUUCUAAGAGGGAUGCCAAAAUGUCAGACCAUCAAUCUCAAGUUCAGGAUGUUUCAAGGGAUUCCAUGCCUCAACACCAGCAGUCUCACUUGGAGGAUCCUGAACUUGCCCGUGCAAUGUCAUUGUCAUUGAAGACAGCAGAGAGAGAGAAGGCAUUACGCGAACUGGAAGGAGAAGUUGGAGUAUCAGAAGUGGCAGGUCAUACUCCAUCUGCUGGUGUGGAGGAUCAUGCAAAAUCAUCGUCCCCUUCAAAUGGGAGGUUGCAUGUUGGCAUUUCUUCUGUCCCACAUGAAGAAGGCGAAGAUAUAGAAGAGGCACCACUGGUCAGGCACAGGGCCAGACAUGCAUCUAUUGGAUCUGCUGACACUGGCAGAGAUGAUGAAGAAGUUGAUGUUAGCCCUCGAUUAAGUCCCAGGAACCAUGAUAGCCUUAAUGCUCCACGGGUCGACGGAAAUGACUUCCCCUCUGAUGAGUGGGGUGGCAUCUCAUCCGAGGAACAUGAUGAAGCCGUGAUGCUUGAAGCUGCAAUGUUUGGUGGAAUUCCUGAAGGGAGUGGGUAUCGUCUUCCAUAUGCACCUCAUCAUAUGAUGCAGAAUGGUUUAAACAGGAGUAUGGAUCCUUAUACCCAGCGGGUACCUCGUCCUCCAUCACCAUCCCUUACUGCUCAGCGGUUAUUACGGGAACAACAGGAUGAUGAGUACCUUGCUUCAUUGCAAGCUGACAGAGAAAAGGAAUUGAAGGCUAAGGAAGAAGCUGAAGCUGCUAUUGCAGAAGAGAGGCGAAAGGAGGAGGAAUUUCGUAAGAAACAGGAGGAAGAACAGGAAGUUGAUAGACAACUAGCUGCAAAAGAAGCUUCUCUUCCCCAGGAACCACCAUCCAAUGAUGAGAAUGCUGUCACGCUUCUUGUGCGGAUGCCUGAUGGAAGCCGCAGGGGUCGACGGUUUCUUAAAUCUGAUAGAUUACAGUGCCUGUUUGACUUCAUUGAUAUCAGCAGAGUGGUUAAACCUGGCAAUUACAGAUUGGUGAGACCAUAUCCUCGACAAGCUUUUAGUGACGGAGAGAGUGGCUUAACCUUAAAUGAGCUUGGCUUAACAAGUAAACAAGAAGCCUUGUUUCUGGAGUUAAUCUAGCUGGUUGAUUUUGUAAAGUUGUGAAAAAUUUAUUUGAACCGAGAAGUAUAUUACCUGGUAUUGAAGUUUAUGGGUGGAGUGUUGGAUCAUUUGCUGGGUUGUGCUUUUGCGGAUUAAUGUUUGAUCAUGGAAUUAUUGGUUACAUCGGCAGGAUAUACUAUCAUGUUGUUGGCUCAAACGGUGCUCGAAAACCCAUUGGGGAGUAGUUAAAACCAAAAUUUAGAACUUCCGAAAUUUCAUAGUAGUAGUAUUUAUAGAACAGUUUCUCAUCAAUGGUGGUGUGUUUGCUACAUGCCUGGGAUAGUGUCCCAGGAUCCUAUAAUACUUAUAACAUGAUGAUUACCUGCAAUAAUCUGGAUUCUUCUUUA